GCGACUCUUCAGCAUUCCGCGCGAAUAAGAUCAUGGUACAAGGACGAUUAACACGAGUACAGGGACAUUCUUCAGUUGCCUGAUUGACCUAAUUAGCCCCAAUCAGAAUGUCACGAAUAUCUUCUCUGUUAUUAUGACUAUCGCAGAAGUUUGUGAGAAUGCUGUCAACUUAAACACACAUGCGCUUGCGCGUAGUCGAAUGAUUCUUAUUAAAUCGAAUUGAUGAGCGAGUUGUCACACGAAGAAAGCGGCGAUCCGGCCUGGAAUAUCAUGAAGCCAAGAGUCCUGCUCGCUCUUGCCAACCUCAUCGCUUCUUACGCUUCCUUUCUAGCGGCUGCAGGUGUAAGAACUUCCGCUAGGCAGCGGACGCAAAGCAACAACCACGGUAACAUCAGCGACCUGCUAGACAAUUUGCUUCGCGGCUACGACAACAGCAUCAGGCCGGAUUUCGGCGGUCCACCAGCCACUGUUGAGGUCGAUAUCAUGGUACGCAGCAUGGGUCCCAUUUCCGAGGUGGAUAUGACGUACUCGAUGGACUGUUACUUCCGGCAAUCGUGGGUCGACAGACGUUUAGCAUUUCAGAGUGGUAAGGAAACACUCGCGCUGAGCAUCUCGAUGUUGGCGAGGAUCUGGAAGCCUGACACAUAUUUCUAUAACGGCAAACACAGUUACUUACAUACGAUCACCAGCCCGAAUAAGUUCGUCAGGCUUUACCAGGACGGCAGAGUACUUUACAGCUCAAGACUUACGAUCAAAGCGGGAUGCCCGAUGAAUCUCGAGGAUUUUCCGAUGGACACACAGAGAUGUCCAUUGCUAUUUGGCAGUUUUGGUUACACGACGCGCGACGUAAUCUAUAAGUGGAACAGCGCGAGGCAGGUCGCUAUAGCGGAGGACAUGAAGCUGUCGCAAUUUGAUCUGGUCGCCAAUCCCACCGCAAAUCAUUCCACUGUUCCCGGGAUCUCGCGUGCGGAUAACUCGAUGCUCCUGGUGUACUUCCACUUGCAAAGACACAUGGGUAACUUUCUAAUACAGGUGUACGGUCCUUGCGUCCUGCUGGUCGUUUUGUCUUGGGUCUCCUUUUGGUUAAACAGAGAAGCUACCGCCGAUCGAGUAUCGUUAGGUAUAACCACCGUAUUGACGAUGACAUUCUUAGGUCUCGAGGCGAGAACCGAUCUGCCGAAAGUUCCUUAUCCCACUGCCCUGGACUUCUUCGUCUUUCUCUCGUUCGCAUUUAUUUUCGCCACUAUCAUACAGUUCGCGGUAGUACAUUACUUCACCAAGUACGGAUCGGGUGAGUGUUACUUCAGUUCCGACCUAAGUGACACCGAAAGCUCGAGUGACGAAGACGACCUAGCCAGAAGACUGGUGAAGAAUCAAAUGGCUCGUCGAAAGAGUUCUGGCGCACGAAGACGAGGCAGCCGUAAUUACACGAUGAACGGCGAUGGUACGAUCGAAGUAAUACCACUGUCAGCGAUCUCAUUGCCCGAAAGGGAUCCUGCGGCACCCAGUCAUUGGCAAAUAUCCUGUGUUACCUGCGGCCCACCGCCACGACAAACGCCGCCGCCGCCCCCGUCCAGACGAACAACGUCGUCCACGUCCAGAAGACGACGGCGGAGAACACCUAGAUAUAAUUCAGUAUCGAAAAUCGACCGCGUCAGUCGUGUGGUCUUUCCUCUCUUUUUCUUGGCCAUCAAUCUCUUCUAUUGGUGCGCGUAUCUCUCGCGAAGCGAACGUAUCCAUUAUUACAAUUCCAAUGCUGCGUCAUAAGAUUCGCCGAAGAGUACAGAAAAGUCAAGCGCAUAAUUUCCUGCCAGAACGGAGAAAGAUGAAUUCUCAUAUGAAUUUACAUAUAAAGUUAUGAUCACAUGACUCUUCUUCAGAAAUAAUGAAAUUUCAUCGAAGAAAAUAAAGAAAUUUAGAAAAUUAAAAGAAGGAAAGUGAAAAAAUUUAUUGAUAAUAAUGUAGUCGAUUAUGCAUUCGCACGUUCGUUCUAAAGAUAAAUGUGCGGAAUGAGUUUUAUCAGUUUUUAGAAACAAAUUUUUGAAUUUUUCAUUCACAAAAUUUGUUUUCCGAGUAUUCUACAUUAUGUUUGAUACAUUCGCAACAUAAUAAACGCUGGACACUAAAAGUUGAAAGAAAGAAAGCAAGAUUGAUUAUAUGGAACAUGGAAGAGCCUUCUCAAUCUCCAAAUAUGAUCAAAAAUGCCGAAAAUGUAUAAAAAUGUUUUUAUGCCGUAGAAUCUUACAUUAUAGCACUUAACAGGCCUAGAACUUCACUGCGAAGCAUUGAACUCUUAUAUUUUAAAGGAAGAAAUGAUUUAGAAUGUCAAAAUAUACAUUUUAUUUAUGUACAGAUCUAAGGAUCUCUGAAUGGAAGAUAUUUUUAUAUACAAGCUAACUAUCAAAUUUCUUUUUUCAAUAGCUAUUAAAUAUUCGUUUAGUAUCAACAAAUUGUGAUUCAUAUCGUGAUGUAAAUACAUGUGUACAAUA